AUGUCCUUCAAUGAAGCGAACGCCAAGGGAGUGAAGCAGCCACACAAUGACCCUUUGGUUAUAAUGCUGACUAUAGAGGGAUUCAACACCAAAAGGAUCCUCAUGGACAACGGCAGCUCUGCAAACAUUAUCUACCUCCCUGCUUUCCAGCAGCUGAAACUAGAUCCAAAGAGACUGAGCUCAUUUGACUCUCCCCUAGUCAGCUUCAGCGAAGACAGGGUAUAUUCCAGGGGCAUAGUGACGUUGACAGUGACAGUAGGGACCUACCCGAUGCAGUUGACCCGUCAAUUAGACUUCCUAGUGGUAGAUUGCCCCUCAUCCUACAAUGUCAUCAUUGGGAGGCCCACUCUUAACAAAUGGAAAGCAGCCACGUCCACCUACUGUUUGAAGGUGAAAUUCCCAACAGAUAACGGUGUCGGCGAAGUAAAAAGAGAUCAAGUCUUAGCCAGAGAGUGUUAUCAAGCCGUCCUAGCUGCAAAUGAAAACCAUACAUGGAUGAUUGAAGAGAAGGAAGAAGGCAAAAUGGAAGCUCUAGAAACAGUGGAACUGGCUGAAGGAGAAGCAAACAAGACGACGAAGAUAGGGAUGACGCUAAGCCCUGAGAUGAGAACAAGACUCAUCCAGUUCCUCAAAGAAAAUCUAGACGUCUUCGCAUGGAGCUACAAGGACAUGCCGGGCAUAGCUCCAGAGCAAAGACGAAGAGUCUUCGCUCCAGAACGAGACCAAGCAGUCACAGAUGAAGUUACCAAGCUGUUAACAGCAGGCUUCAUCCGGGAAGUAUACUAUCCUGAAUGGCUUGCAAAUGUUGUCCUAGUGAAGAAUGCAAAUGGAAAAUGGAGGAUGUGCAUAGACUUCACAGACCUGAACAAGGCAUACCCAAAGGACAGUUUCCCUCUACCGAGAAUAAACCAGCUUGUGGACUCUACAGCCGGACACAAGUUACUGAUGUUCAUGGACGCUUUCUCGGGAUAUAACUAG